AUGGCUUCUAAUCCUCCUGGCGCAUGCUGCACUCAAAGCACAAUUCACGAAGGUGAACCUUCUGGUUCCUUUGUUGACAUUUUGGGCCAUAGCACCUACCAAGUUGGUAAAGAAAAUGGUAAUGAACGUAUUCUUGUCAUUAUUACCGACAUUCAUGGUUACAAGUUUAAGAACACCCUCUUGGUUGCUGAUCAAUUCUGCAAGGCUGGUUACCAUGUCUUGAUUCCAGACAUCUUGAAUGAAGACCCAUAUGAAGCCAACAAGGCCACUCUUCAAGAUUGGAUCAAGAACCACACUGCUGAUAUUACAACUCCAAUCAUUGAUUCAUUUGUUAGCAAGGUCAAGGAUGAAUUCAAACCAAAGACAUUUGUUGGUGUUGGUUACUGUUUCGGUGCUAAAUAUCUUGUUCAACUUAUUGGAAAGAACCCUCUUUUCGAUGCAGGUGCCAUUGCCCAUCCAUCUUUUGUUACUAUCGAAGAUAUUAAGGCUAUCACCAAGCCAAUUCUUAUCUCAGCUGCUGAAACUGAUCCAAUCUUCCCAGUUGAAUUGAGACGUCAAACUGAAGAUGCCUUGAUUGAAGGAAAGAACAGAUACCAAAUUGAUUUGUUCUCCCACUGUUCCCAUGGGUUUGCCAUCAAGGGAGACAUUUCAAUCCCAGAAGUCAAGUAUGCCAAGGAAAAGGCUCUCAAUGAUCAAGUUUUCUGGUUUGCUCAAUACUAG